CAUGACAUUAGUCGAUGUAUAAGUGAGAGUACUAGUUAUAAGAAAACUAUGUGGGAGAAAAUAGAAAUAGAACUUGAGGAAAUAAAUGUGAAGAACCUUAGAUUCGAUCAUCCGAUUUAUUUAGGUGUUCUAGAUAUCAAGUCAGAACCCUUUACAGAUAUAUCAGAGUUAGUUUGUGAUAUUUUUAAGGAAUCAUUUCAAAAAUAUAAGUUAGAACAGAAUCAUGAUAUAAUGGAAGCAUAUAAAGAAUUUAUCCAGAAUGAGGAAUCGAAAAUUAAUAUGGAUGAGGUUUUGGGAGAUAGCCAAUCUAUUCAGGAUAUAUUUUCUUUUUUAUGA